UGGGGGACAGGCCCGUUGGCCCUCAGAGCUGCACCAUAGCCCCCCUUGGAACCGGACAGCAGCUUCAGGGCACAAGCAGCACCCCAGCCUCUCCCAUGCUGUCUGCACCACAGGCACUUGGUGCCGAUGCUGGUCCCCCGGCACGAGGGGGUUAACGGAGCCUGGGCCGGCAGAGCUGGGCUGGCCGGUGACAGGGCGCUGGCUGCCCUGUCGGUGGAGAAAUCCAGAGGGCAGCAGCAGCCGGCCCCAGUGGACGCACCCUGCUUGCUGCCCGCCUGCGGCCUGCUCUGCACGCGGGAUGGCCCUGAGGAAAGGAGGCCUGGCCCUGGUGGUGCUGCUGGUCUCCUGGGCAGCACUGGGCCCCUGGAGCCUGGAAGGAGCAGAGCCUGGAGGACAGGGGGACGCUGAGGGCCUGCAGUGCCCGGCCGUCUGCACUUGUGGCCACGACGACUACACGGAGGAGCUUGGGGUCUUCUGCAGCUCCCGGAACCUCACGCGGCUGCCGGACAGCAUCCCGGACGGCACCAAGGCCCUGUGGCUGGAUGGCAACAACUUGUCCUCUGUCCCCACGGCAGCCUUCCGGAACCUCUCCAGCCUGGGCUUCCUCAACCUGCAGGGCAGCUGGUUGGCCAGCCUGGAGCCACAGGCGCUGCUGGGCCUGCAGAACCUGUACCACCUGCACCUGGAGCGGAACCAGCUGCGCAGCCUGGCGGCCGGCACCUUUGUGCACACGCCGGGCCUGGCCUCGCUCGGCCUCAACAACAAUCUCCUCAGCAGGGUGGACGAGGGCCUCUUCCAGGGUCUGACCAACCUCUGGGACCUCAACCUCGGCUGGAACAGCCUGGCCGUGCUCCCCGACACUGCGUUCCAGGGCCUGGCCAACCUUCGUGAGCUGGUGCUCGCAGGCAACAAGCUAGCCUACCUGCAGCCCCCGCUCUUCUGCAGCCUGGGCGAACUGCGGGAGCUGGACCUGAGCAGGAACGCCCUGAGGAGUGUUAAGGCCAAUGUCUUUGUCAAGCUGCCCAAGCUUCAGAAGCUCUACCUGGACCACAACCUCAUCGCUGCCGUGGCCCCUGGCGCCUUCCUGGGCAUGAAGGCGCUGCGCUGGCUGGACCUGUCGCACAACCGUGUGGGCAGCCUCCUGGAGGACACCUUCCCGGGCCUGCUGGGCCUGCACGUCCUGCGCCUCUCGCACAACGCCAUCGCCGGCCUGCGGCCCCGGACCUUCAAGGAUCUGCACUUCCUGGAGGAGCUACAGCUCGGCCACAACCGCAUCCGGCACCUGCCGGAGAAGGCCUUCGAGGGCCUGGGCCAGCUGGAGGUGCUCACACUCAACAACAACCAGAUCCAGGAGGUCAAGGUAGGCGCCUUCCUCGGUCUCUUCAAUGUGGCCGUCAUGAACCUCUCUAGCAACUGUCUGCGGAACCUUCCAGAGCAGGUGUUCCAGGGCCUGGGCAAGCUGCACAGUCUGCACCUAGAGGGCAGCUGCCUGGGCCGCAUCCGCCUGCACACCUUCGCUGGCCUCUCGGGGCUGCGCCGGCUCUUCCUCAAGGACAGCGGCAUUGUGGCCAUUGAGGAGCAGAGCCUCUGGGGCCUCGGGGAGCUCCUUGAGCUGGACCUCACCUCCAACCAGCUCACGCACCUGCCCAGCCGGCUCUUCCAGGGCCUUGGCAAACUGGAGUACCUGCUCCUCGCCCGCAACCGGCUGUCGGCGCUCUCGGCAGAUGCCCUGGGGCCCCUGCAGCGUGCCUUCUGGCUGGACGUCUCGCACAACCGCCUGGAGGCCCUGCCUGAGGGUGUCCUCUCGCAACUGGGGCGGCUGCACUACCUCAGCCUCAGGAAUAACUCCCUGCGGACCUUCGUGCCGCAGCCCCCCAGCCUGGAGCGCCUGUGGCUCGAGGGCAACCCCUGGGACUGCGGCUGCCCACUCCGGGCCCUCAGGGCCUUUGCCCUGCAGCACCCCAGCGUCGUGCCCCGCUUCGUCCAGGCCGUCGUAGAGGGGGACGACUGCCAGCUGCCCGUGUACACGUACAACAACAUCACCUGUGCCAGCCCUCCUGGUGUUUUGGGCCUCGAUCUGCGAGACGUCGGCGAGGCCCACUUUGCUCACUGCUGAUCUGAGGCUUGCCCGGCAGGACACUGCCCUGGGGUCAGAACGGGCCCUCACCAUCCCCGGAGCCCGGCAGGCACGCUGCUCCUCAGCUCUCUGGGGGGUCAGACCCCACACUGCUCACUUGCUGGGGUCCCUCCUAUGGGAGACACACAGUCCUGGGGCUUUGUCGGUGUGGGCUCAGGGCCUGUGGGCACCAGCCUGGUCCCUGAGGGCCUGACCAGGACAGUGGGGGUGGGUGGG